UAACUCGUGUCUUCCGAGUUGAGCAGACUGCGCGGCUCGUCCCUCAAACCUCGCGACCAGCCCGUCACGAUGUCCCGCCUCCAAUGGCCUCUUCUCUAGUCUCUAAGUACUUCACUUCCCUUCUCCUCUCCGCCGGCCCUCACCUUCGGACCGCCGCCGCGCGUGCUGCCAUGAGCUCUCAGCGCGUCCUCCAGCUGAAGCUCGACCCGCUCACCGGCAACUCCGAGUGGGUCGUCAUCGACGAAGAGGACGACGGCGACGGAGCAGCUACGCAGGACUUCCAGAAAUUGCUCCUCGCCACGACGUCGUACCUCGACAUGCUCAACGACUCUUACCGGAACAGAUGCUUCCGCGAAGCCAUUGACAAGGCCGUCACCAAGCCCUGUCACGUUCUCGACAUCGGUGCUGGAACUGGCUUGUUAUCGAUGAUGGCUGCUCGGGCAAUGACGUUGAGUGACAUGCCUGGCCCUAAUUCCAAGGGAAUGGUAACAGCAUGUGAGUCUUACCUACCAAUGGUAAAGCUGAUGAGGAAGGUUGUGCACAUCAAUGGCAUGGGAAGGAAGAUCAGUAUAAUCAACAAGAGGUCUGAUGAAGUCCGGGUUGGUGUUGAUAUUGAUUCACGUGCAGAUGUCCUUGUUAGUGAAAUACUUGAUUCUGAGUUGCUAGGCGAGGGGCUGAUACCAACCUUACAGCAUGCACAUGACAUGCUUUUGGUGGAAAAUCCAUUGUCAGUACCAUACAAAGCUACCGUAUUUGGUCAGUUGGUUGAAUGUAAAUAUCUGCAGAAGCUGCAUAACUUAUAUGGUUAUGAAAAUGAAACUUCGGACGGCAUCCAUCUGGUACCAGCGGGGUUGGAUACCAUUGUAAGUGUGAAAAGGCAACAAUAUCCCAUGCAUUGUGAUGCAAUUGCAAAAGAAAUGAAGCUGCUCUCGGAACCCUUCAGAGUUUUCGAAUUUGACUUCUGGAGAAGGCCAGAGAGUUGCAGGGAAGCUGCAGUCUGCGUAAAGGCAAAUUGUGAUGGUCAAGCCCAUGCUCUAGUUUCAUGGUGGGAACUUCAGCUUGACUGUGAAGGUUCAAUCUUUUACACUACUGCUCCUGGGUGGGUUUCUUCCCAGGAUAAGUCAAAUGCUAGAAGUUGGUGCGACCACUGGAAACAGUGUGUUUGGUUCAUCCCCGGAAGGGGGUUGCCCUUGUCCAUGGACAAAGAUGUUCCCAUACUCGCCAUCCAUAGUGAAACCACCAUUUCAUAUCAGCUUGAAGCUGAUUGCAAGUAUACCGUGGGAGAUGUUCAUAUCACACUAUCCCCAGAAAGAAUGGCCAUUUAUGGAGACUGUGAAUGGAGGCGUUCCAUGCUAAAAGCCAUGCAGAAUGCAUUGCAGAGAAGAGUUCCCUCUUUAUGCAUUGUGGCUGAUGAUAGCAUUUUCUUGGCACUUUUGGUAGCUCAUCUUUCACAAGAAUCACAUGUAAUGGCAUUCUUUCCUGGUCUGCGAGAUGAAGGUACAAGUUAUUUGCAAGCUGUUGCUGGUGCAAAUGGAUUCACAAUGGAUCGUGUGGAAGUACUUAAGAAGAGAUCAUUGAACCUGACUAUGCAUGAGACUCACGAUAAAGAGGUGGACCUACUGAUUGCAGAGCCAUUUUAUUUUGGAAAUGAAGGCAUGCUCCCAUGGCAAAACCUUCGUUUUUGGAAGGAAAAGAGUCAGCUCAAUUCUGUACUUUCCAAAGAUGCCGUGGUAAUGCCUUGUAAGGGAAUAUUGAAAGUUUGUGCCAUGUCUCUCCCAGAUCUUUGGAACAGCCGCCGUUCUUUAGAUAAGAUUGAAGGUUUUGAUCAUUCUGUUGUAAAUACCACUUUAGGAGCCUGUGGUGAUGCGGCAGAAGAUAGCCCGUGCCUCCCUUUUUUUGUCUGGCAGUGUGGGGAGGUUAAGGAACUCAGCAAGGCACUUAGAGUCAUGGAAUUUGAUUUCUCAAGGGAUAUACAUCCAUGUUAUGGGAAGACUAAGGUUGAGUUUAGUGAAGCUGGAACGUGCCAUGGGUUUGUUUUCUGGAUAGAUUGGGUGAUGGAUGCGGAAGAUUCCGUCGUGAUAUCGACCGGACCAGGGGAGAGAUACUGGAAACAGGGGGUGAAGCUUCUACCGAAGCCCGAGGUAGUUGAGAAGCGUGGAUCGGGAAGUCCAGACAGAACUUCUUCUCUGGUGAUGGAGGUAUCUUUUGACCCAUCAAACGGUCAGCUCUCAAUCAAGCACACCUCAUCCUAGAGGUCAGCAUGUUCUAUGGCCUCUUGGGUCUUGUAUUCCCUCAUCUUCUAGUCCUUACUGCCGGAGAUUUUUCACAAGAAUCACCGGUAUUUGGACACUUAGCAGUGAAGAUUUGCAAAGUUUGACAUGAUUUGGCGCGACACAUUUCUGAGGUGGGGUCAUGCGAAAAGGACCUCCACGCAGUGAUUGUAGGCUUAUUCUGAUCUCUGAGGUGUUAAUUGGCUCAGAUAAUCAAAGGUCGUUAGUGGGGUUAUCCUACUAGAUAGGGAAUCGAUCCCGUUUGAAGCCGGUGAGUCAAGGCGGGAUCCAAUCAAAAGCUAAAAGAGAUGUUUGUUGGCCCAUGAAAAACCAUUCUUUCCUGGGACCAAUGAAGCCAAAGAAUUGGCCAUCACAAUCAUCUUUUGCUCCGUCUUCCCUUCCACCUGUUCCUCCUCGUCUUAUAUGACAAGCUCACCGCAUGUCUGGUCGGUUUCUGCUU